GGGAUCGUAGUACCCUAUCCGUAGCACAGUGAUGGCGAUUUUUAGCGUGUACGUGGUGAACAAAGCCGGCGGCCUGAUUUACCAGUGGGACAGCUAUUCGCCACGGGCUGAGGCUGAGAAGACUUUCAGUUACCCGCUGGACCUGCUGCUGAAACUGCACGACGAACGCGUGCUGGUCGCUUUCGGCCAGCGCGACGGCAUCCGGGUGGGCCAUGCAGUGUUGGCCAUCAAUGGCAUGGACGUGAAUGGCAAGUACACGGCUGACGGGAAAGAAGUGCUGGAGUAUCUGGGUAACCCUGCGAAUUACCCGGUUUCCAUCCGAUUCGGCCGGCCCCGCCUUACCUCUAACGAGAAGCUUAUGCUGGCCUCGAUGUUCCACUCGCUCUUUGCCAUUGGUUCCCAGCUAUCUCCGGAACAGGGCAGUUCAGGCAUUGAGAUGCUGGAAACAGACACCUUCAAACUGCACUGCUUCCAAACACUGACAGGGAUCAAGUUUGUGGUCCUGGCAGACCCUAGGCAAGCUGGAAUAGAUUCUCUUCUCCGAAAAAUUUAUGAAAUUUACUCAGACUUUGCCCUCAAGAAUCCAUUCUACUCCUUGGAAAUGCCUAUCAGAUGCGAGCUGUUUGAUCAAAACCUGAAGCUAGCUCUAGAGGUGGCAGAGAAGGCUGGCACUUUUGGACCUGGGUCAUAGGAUGAACCUGGAAUGGACGCCCUAAAUUCUGAGACGUGCUCCAGAGGGCUUUGCUGUGUCUACUCGGUGAGGGUCCUGUUGUAGCAGCCUUGCUAAUAUACUUGAAAAUGGUAGACCACUGAGCCUGGUGAUGGUGACAGAUCCUGGGCUCGAAUGCUGUGUUCUCUGCCCCUCUGUAUAUAUUACAGUCCUACUCUGUAUAGAUUUAUUUAUGGAGGAAACUGGCUUAGCAAUGCUGAAAUAAACAUUCCUUUGUUUUA